GUGCCUAAAGCUCGCGCUGGAAUGCAUUCUGCUUCUUGAGUGGGAGGGGUUGAGUUUCGUAGAGCUUCUACAGAAAAAUCACACGGCAAGAGUCGUGUCUCCGACUUAACAAGUGAGGGACAUUGUCUGCCAAAUAUAGAAACGAAACGAAUAAUUCUGUGUCUUUGACGGAAAAGAGAGGGCAGAGAAAGAAGCAAUGGAAGAAGCGGAGAAAGGCAAUGAUGGAGGAUGUGAAGUUGGGACGAUAAACUCAGAAAAGGACCAGAGCUGGAUUCCCAAGAUCAUUAAGAAGAGAGUGUGUACAGCAUUUGUGGAGGACUCCUUCAGCAAUGGGGCUCUUUGUCAGUGUGGAGGGGUGCGAGAGAUGCACAGCUCCAUCGCCACAGGGGACUGUUUUGGGGCUGCCAUCGUGAGCCAGUGGGACAGCGCCCAGCAUUCCUCUGAAUACCCCACAGAUGCUUUUGGGGAGCUGGAGUUUGCUGGGGCGGGUAGAAGACACAGUCAUUUCCUGCGCCUGUCCUGUCACACGCCCCCUCAGAUAGUCUACACGCUGAUGACAGCCCACUGGGGGAUCCCCGCUCCCAACCUGGUGGUGUCGGUGGUGGGGGGCGAGGGCAGCGAGGUGCUCAAGCCCUGGGUCAGGGAGGUGCUCCGGCAGGGCCUUGUGCGUGCCGCACAGAGCACAGGCGCGUGGAUAUUGACAGGCGGCCUGAAAGAAGGUGUAGGUCGCUGUCUUGGGGAGGCAGUGAGGGAUCAUGGAACGGCAGCCUCCUCAGUAUCCCAGAACAAGAUCAUUGCAGUAGGCGUGGCGCCCUGGGGCCUGGUACACAACCGCCAGCAGCUUGUAAAUCCACAGGUGAUGACACUGUCUACACCGUCAGAAUAUUAUGUUCAGAAUACUUCAUGUGAUUCGCAAUGUCUGGAUAAUAACUACCAGGCCUUUCUCCUGGUGGAUGAUGGGAGUGUAGGCCGCAGAGGAGGGGAGGAGGGGUUCAGAGCUAACUUCGAGGACUACAUAUCCCAUCAGCGCACUGGGAUCUGGGGCAGUGGCAGUAUUGAGAUUCCAGUCUUGUGUAUGUUAAUAUCUGGAGAGGCUUCCAUGCUAGAGAGAGUAGAUCUGUCCCUGCGUAAGGCCACGCCGUGGCUGGUUCUUAAGGGUUCUGGUCCUGCGGCCGACCUCAUCUGUGAACUCCUGGAUGAGCUGUCAGUGAUGCCCAAGAACCCCAAGAAACCUGCCGGCAGGGAGGUCCCAGAGGGCCCAAACAUGGAGCAGAGAGAGCACGUGCGAGAGCGGAUACGAGACUCCUUCCCCGCCGAAAAAGACCUGGAGAAACUAGUGGACCGGGCUCUCAGCAUUUUCCAGAACAAGGACCUGAUUACUGUGUUCAACGAGGGAUAUGAAGGGGCAGAUGACUUUGACACAGUCUUGCUGAAGGCCUUAGUUCGAGCCAGCAAACGUAUGUCCAGCGACGCCAGUGAGAACAUUGAGGAACUGAAGCUGGCCGUGGCCUGGAACAGGGUGGACAUUGCCAAAAGCGAGCUCUUUAACGGCGACAUCCAGUGGCGGUACGAAGACCUGGAGGACUCCAUGACGGACGCCCUGGUCAACAACAAGCCCCAGUUUGUGCGUCUCUUCACAGAGAACGGCCUGAACAUCCUGGACUACCUGACCAACCGGCGCCUGGAGAGCCUGUACCAAUCGCUGUCAGACAGCUCGCUGGCCUACACCCUGCUGCAGCGCAAGCUCACUGAGCGGCAGGGUGUGGCCGUCAACCUGGGCACCACGUUCACCCCUGAUGCCAACACCCCCCUCAAGAGCCCCAUCAGCCCCCUCAGCAACCCCUGCGCCGCCAGAGAGCUCAGCCUCUACGAGGUGUCACGAGUAUUGUGGGACCUCCUGGGAGAUGUCUGUCAGCCCUUCUAUUUUGGUCCUCUGGGUUUGGAUUAUGGUUCUAGCACAAGAAAAGCACUGAAGCAAGUGAAUAAGCUGUUGCUGGGGGCGUGUUCGUACAAAGACCAGCACUGCCUCUCACCCUGGGCCUCGCUCUUCAUCUGGGCGGUGCUGCAGAACCGCAGUGAGAUGGCCAUCUUCUUCUGGGAGAUGGCAGGAGAGUCUGUCCUCAGUGCUCUCAGUGGUUGUAAGAUCUUGAGAGAGCUGUCUAAGAUGGAGAAGGAGACCGACAUCAAGCUGGCCAUGAAGGAGCUGGCCCAGCGCUUUGAGAACCUGGCGCAUGAUGUGUUUAGCGAGUGCUAUAAGAGUAAUGAGACUCGCUCCUACUCGCUGCUCAUCAGGAAGUCUCAUGUAUGGGUAGGUGGCACCUGUCUGCAGAUGGCCACUGCAGCUGAUGCCCGACUCUUCUUCAGCCAUGACGGUGUUCAGUCACUGCUCUACCAGAUCUGGUGGGACAUGGAGAGCAGCACGGAGGUGUGGAAGCUCGUCCUCACCUUUUUCUUUCCUCCCCUCAUCUACUCCAACCUCAUCAGCUUCAGAGAGCAGGAGACAGAUGAGGAGAAGACAGAGGAGCUUUUUCAUACCAGGGACAGUGUGGAUGGAGGAGACGGCACUGUGUUUUCCCUUGCUGACAUCCUGCACACGAAUGAAGAUACAGAGGAAUACAAUGCUUUAAGGAACAAAUCCAAUGGAUCCUCCCCUUCCAGCCAAAAACGCCCCUUUGUGUUCCACAGAUGGCGGCAGUUCUGGUUCUCACCUGUUACCUCAUUCCUCGGCAACGUCCUGAUGUACUUCCUCUUCCUCUUCCUUUUUGCCUACAUUCUAUUGGUUGACUUCAAACCACCACCUAAAGGCCCCAACACAGCAGAAUAUGUGUUGUAUUUUUGGGUGUUCACUUUGGUUUGUGAGGAGAUACGACAGUCUUUCAAUGUAGGAACCACUACUGUAUUCCAGAGGAUCCGGUUGUACAUACAGGACAUCUGGAAUAAGUGUGACUUAACCGCCAUCCUUCUGUUCUGUUUGGGCCUCUUGUGCAGAAUGUUCCCAUGGUCAUAUAGAUUUGGGCGUUCUAUGAUGUGUCUGGACUAUAUGGUUUUCACUUUGAGGCUCAUCCACAUUUUUGCCAUUCAUAAACAACUGGGGCCUAAGAUCAUCAUUGUUGGGAAAAUGGUGAAGGAUAUCUUUUUCUUCCUGUUCUUCCUGGGGGUGUGGCUUAUGGCGUAUGGAGUAGCCAAUCAAGCACUUAUAUACUCCUAUGACUCCCGUCCUGAUUGGAUAUUUCGUCGGGUUUUCUACAGACCAUACAUGCAUAUUUAUGGACAGGUACCACUGAAUGAAAUAGAUGCUGACAAGCGUGAUAAUGUGACGUGCACUAUGAAUGUCACUCUAAUUAAUGAGGGCAUGGAGCCGUGCCCGCAGAUUGAAGAAAACUGGCUGGUGCUCAUCCUGCUGUCCAUCUAUCUGCUGGUCACCAACAUCCUUCUGCUCAACCUGCUCAUUGCUAUGUUCAGCUACACCUUCAGCAAAGUCCAGGAGCACAGCGACAUCCACUGGAAGUUCCAGCGGUACAACCUGAUAGUGGAGUACCACUCUCGGCCCUGCUUGGCCCCACCCUUCAUCAUCCUCUCCCACCUGCACCUCUUCAUCAAGAGGAACAUCCGCAGGGUGCCCUCUGUCAAAAUGACACACUUCGUUCUAGAGAUCAGGGGCAGGAAGGCGAGCCAGCUCAACACGUGGGAGUCCAUUCAGAAAGAAAACCUUCUGUCCAUCCAGAAUAAGAAGCAGCGUGAGAGCGACACAGAACGACUCAAGCGCACAUCCUGCAAGGUGGAUAGUGUGCUCAAGCAAAUGGUGGAGAUCCGAGACCACGACCGCAGGCUGAGAAUGCUGGAGUCAGAGGUGGAGUACUGCUCCAGCGUCCUCUCAUGGAUGGCGGAUUCACUGUCCCAGAGUAACCUGAUAAAACCACCUCGCCCUCCUCCCACACGAAGAGUGCUGAAUUGGUGGGUGCUUGGGAUCAAGAGCUGCAUCGUGCUUAUAGCAGCUCAUUAAAAGCAUUCUGCUCCAACAACCUCACAUAUACAUGGAACCUCUCCCAAAUGCACUGUAAGUUAAUCAUUUAAAUGUUGAAAUGCACAGGUAGGGACCACAUAGAAUGAAACAUAUUUCACUCAAUUACCAAAAAUACACCUGCGGUUUGGAGUAACGAUUGAGAUAUGUUGGCCACCGAUAUAUAUUUGAAGGCAGGGGCAGUAUUUAUUGUCUUAUAAAUCUUUCUAAUAAACAGAAUGGUAUGCCUGUGGGAUCAGUGUGCAGAGUGUAGAGUUCCUAGGGAGCACUCAUAGUGUAAGCGCGAUCACCCUCCCCGCACUGCGGGUCUGCUUAGGAGGUAAACAGGCGAGAGACUGGUGUGUGGGUCGCUCUCACUGCCUCAUGCUCUCUUUGGGAAUGCCAUAGGUGCAGUCCUCUGUGAGGUCUCAUAGUUCUGUCUCUCCCUCUGAUG